GAACGCUCUUCCUGUCCUUCGCUUUGCUCUUCGCAGUGCUUUACGUGAUCGCGGGCUUCGCCACAAUGACCAUCGGCCGCGAUCAGUUGGUGAAAGAGUUGGGGCUGGCAGCGCAUUUCGAGAACAUCCCCGCGUCCAUGUUCACUGCGUUUAGAUGUUUCUCUGGUGAGUGCUUUGCAGAGUCAGGACAGCCGAUUGCUGCGGUUCUGGCACAUAGUCAUGGCACUGCCUUUGUGAUGUGCUAUACUGCCAGCUACAUUUUUGUUUCCCUAGGCGGGGUCCCCGCGGUCGGGCUCGUGACGGAAAAAACGUCGACGACCAGGGACUAG